UGCGUCACCCAAAAUUGUGGAAGCAGAGAGAUACGAGGUGGAGAAAGUGUCCGAAAUAGAAGAGAUGAUCGGUGAGUGUGGAAGAGCAAAAACAUCCGAUUCAGACCAAAGACAACAAACAAAUUUCAGAUCAUGUAAUAAAAGAAGAAAAUAAGUGUGGACAGAGCAGUGCUGCUCAUCUUUUGCUGAGGAGGGGGCAGUAGCACUGCUCGUACUAGCAUAGUAACUACAGAAUUUAUAGUUGAGAGAGAGAGAGAGAGAGAGAAGGAGAGAAGGAGAGAGAGAGAGGCCCCUUUUGACAGACGGCCAUACCUCGUCUCAUCCGUCCUUCUUCUUGGGCCCCACCUAUUCCCCGCCUCCUCCUUCAUGUUUAAAUAUGGAUAUCCAUGAGAGAGAGGGACAGAGGAGAGAGAGACAGAGAGAGAGGAAAAUUUCCCCUUUUUAUUCUUCAAGGCAGAGAGAGGUCUGGUGAGUAAUAAUAAACUGAAAUCUGUGCCAUUUUCGGUUUUCUCAUAUAAAAGACGUGGGCUUCUGGAUUUGAAGCCUCUCACGCAAUGAAGAAGAUAAAGAUUGCAACUAUGAGGCAAAACUGUCUCUUCUUGAUUUGAGUUAUUACUGUUUCUAUAUUUUCAAGAAACCUUGACAUCCAUUUCUGGUGUGAUGUCCUGCUCGACAACACGUCAUGCUUCAGCUCAGGAGGGAUUGCGCCAUGGUUUGAAUGGAUCUUGGAGAAGAAGAGGAUAAUGCUGCAUUUGGCACAUUGAGGAUUCCUUCAUCAUCAGCAGCACUGUUCUUUUCCGCGAGCCACUCGCCCUUAUCUCCGAAUCCAGCAGCGAAUUCGGGCAAUGUAGGCCAUGACACCAGCAGAAACAUGAAUCCCCUCGACACAGAAUCUUUGGAUGGCGUUGUGCUUGCUUCAGGCGAAGUGGAUCCCGUUGCAGAAGCAUGUAUCUUGAAUGAUCCUAGGAGGUUUGAGAAUGCCUCUUCUUCGACAAAGAUAUAUAAUUGUGCAUUGUCUGGUUAUGGUGCUCAUCGUUCAAGCAUUAGGCAUAAGGGUAGAGGGAAAAGGAUACGAAGGUUGCUUGAAACCUCAGCUCCACCGCCUCCCUCCAAUAGGCUGAGCAGCUGCGACGUGUUCAUUGGCUUCCAUGGCCGGAAGCCCUUGUUGCUUAGGUUUGCUAACUGGCUCCGUGCGGAGUUAGAGGUUCAAGGGCUGAGUUGCUUUGUGACAGACAGAGGGAGGUGUCGGAAUUCACGCAAGCAUACCAUUGUCGAGAGAGCCAUGGAUGCUAGCACGUUUGGGGUUGUGAUCUUGACUAGGAAGUCGUUUAGGAACCCGUACACCAUUGAAGAGCUCAGGUUUUUCUCGAGGAAGAAGAAUUUGGUUCCUAUAUACUUUGAUGUGGCUCCUAACGACUGCCUUGCUAGAGAUAUAAUUGAGAAACGAGGGGAGGUUUGGGAGAAGUAUGGUGGCGAGCUUUGGCUGCUAUAUGGAGGAGUCGAGAAGGAAUGGAGAGAGGCCAUGAGCGCCCUUUCUUGCGUUGAUGAAUGGAGAUUAGAAGCUCAUGAUGGUAGAUGGAGGGAUUGCAUAUUAAGAGGUGUGACUCUCUUGGCUUUGAGGUUGGGAAGGAGAAGUGUGGUGGAUAGACUGACCAAGUGGAGAGAGAAAGCAGAGAGAGAAGAGUUCCCUUUUCCUCAGAAUGAGAGCUUUGUUGGUAGGAAGAAGGAGCUGUCGGAGCUCGAGUUCAUGCUUUUUGGCGAUGUCUGUGGUGAUGCAGAGAGAGACUAUUUCGACCUCAAGGCUAGGCCGAGACAAAAGAAGUUGACAGUGGAGCGCGAGGGGAAGGGGAAAGAACCGGUGCUGUGGAAGGAAUCUGAGAAGGAAAUCGAGAUGCAAAACACACGAGCUCCUCAGAAGCACGGUAGGCCAAGACGGAGGUCGAUGAGAGCUGUGUACGGGAAGGGGAUAGCCUGUGUGACGGGGGAUCCGGGCAUUGGGAAGACGGAGCUGGUGUUGGAGUAUGCUUACAGAUUCCAGCAGAGGUAUAAGAUGGUGCUGUGGAUCGGAGGCGAGAGCAGAUACAUCCGGCAGAACUACCUCAACUUGUGGUCGUUCUUGGAGGUUGAUGUCGGGGUGGAGAGCAGCACGGAGAAAGGCCAGACGAGGAGCUUCGAGGAGCAGGAGGAAGCGGCCGUGGCAAGAGUGAGGAAGGAGCUGAUGCGAAACAUCCCCUUCCUUGUGAUCAUAGACAACUUGGAGAUGGAAAAGGACUGGUGGGAUCACAAGAUGGUGAUGGAUUUGCUGCCUCGUUUUGGCGGGGAGACGCACGUUAUCAUCUCCACUCGCCUCUGCAGCGUUAUGAAUCUCGAGCCGUUGAGAGUCUCCUUCCUGUCGGGGGUGGAGGCGAUGACGCUGAUGCAAGGAGGAGGUCUCAAGGAUGAAUCAAUCACAGAGAUUGAUGCUCUAAGAGCCAUUGAGGAGAAGCUCGGGAGGCUAACCCUCGGCCUCGCCAUUGUCGGAGCCAUCCUCUCGGAACUCCCCAUCAACCCAACGAGGCUGUUGGAUACCGUAAAUAGGAUGCCGUGGAGAGAUGUAACGUGGAGUGGCCGUGAAAACCAUUCACUGAGGCGAAACACCUUCCUCGUGCAGCUCUUUGAGGUCUGCUUCUCCAUCUUCGACCAUGCUGAUGGCCCGGGAAGCUUGGCGACUAGGAUGGUUCUCGCGAGUGGUUGGUUUGCACCGGGACCGGUCCCUGUGCACCUCCUCGCCCUCGCCGCUCAGGGCAUCCCCGACAAGCAGCCCGGCCGGAGGCUGUGGCGGAAAAUUGUGUACCCCUUGACCUGCGGGCUAGCGUCGUCCUAUGCACGGAGGUCGGAGGGCGAGGCAUCGUCGCUGCUGUUGAGGUUCAACAUGGCAAGGAGCUGUACCAAAGAGGGGUGCAUUGAGCUGAACCAGCUGGUGAAGGUGUACGCCCGGAAGCGGGGGGUCACCGGAGCCGCGGACGCCAUGGUGCAGGCCGUCAUCGGUCGCGCGUCCGUGGCAGCCCGCCACCCCGACCACGUGUGGGCCGCGUGCUUCCUGCUGCUGGGGUUCGGGCGGGACCCCGUCGUGGUCGAGCUCGAGCCGGCAGGGCUCCUUCUCCUCGUGAAGCGGCUCGUGCUGCCCCUCGCUGUGCGGACGUUCGUCGCAUUCUCGAGGUGCGGCGCGGCCACGGAGCUGCUCCGCCUCUGCACGGACGCGCUGGAGGCGGCUGACGAGGCGCUCGCCGCCCCGGUCGGGAAGUGGGCGGACGGACCCCUGUGCUGGAGGCCCGUCCGCACCAAGGCGCACCUCAACCCUUACCUCUGGCAGGAGUUAGCCCUGACGAGAGCGGCGGUGCUCGAGGUCCAGGCGAAGCUCGUGGCCAGAGGCGGGCAGUUGGAUGUUGCCGAUGAUCUGAUUAGGAAGGCCAUCUUCAUCAGAACUUCCAUUUGCGGCAGAGAUCAUCCACACACCAUGUCUGCUCAAGAAACUCUUACCAAAUUCACUAGAUUAAAUGCUAAUCUUCAACAUCAUACUUCACCCUAGAUCAUCAUUCUUUAUUUCUAUUUUAUUUGUUCUUUUCUGAGAAGAUGAGUUCAUAGUACUAGAGAUUAUAGCACAGGAUUUUGAAUAAGCUGUUUUAGAAGUUGGAUGAAGUAUAUUUUGUUAUACCAAUUCUUGUAUAUAACAUGAGUUCUCCUUGCUAAGCUACAAAGAAAGAUGUAUUCU